CUCGACGACAAUUCGCUUCUUUCGCAACAUCCCCGUAUCUUCAGUUGCUGCUUGCUGCUGCUGUUGCUGCUCUGCCCAGACAGACUUUAUUUGCUCUGUCUCUCGCCCCCCUCUGAAAGCUCCUUCCCUCCAUUGAGAGCCCUUUUUGAUUCGCAACGUCCAACGUUCCGAUCGCCGAAAGCUAUCUUCAUCAUGCAGGCCUUCAGACGUGGUGUGCAGACUGCUCUGCACACUGGCUUCCGCAGCCAGGCUUAUUCGACCUCCGCCUACGCCGCGACUGCGAACAACCUGCGGAUCAACACGGAUACCAAGGUUCUCUUCCAGGGUUUCACUGGUAAGCAGGGAACGUUCCACGCUCAGCAAGCUAUCGAGUACGGCACCAAUGUCAUUGGUGGCACGAACCCCAAGAAGGCUGGUGAGACUCACCUUGGCAAGCCCGUCUUCGCCAAGGUCGAGGAUGCGAUCAAGGAGACUGGCGCCAACGCCUCUGCCAUCUUCGUCCCCCCUCCGCUUGCUGCGAAGAGUAUCGAGGAGGCCAUCGCCGCUGAGAUGCCCUUGGUCGUCUGUAUCACCGAGGGUAUUCCCCAGCACGACAUGGUCCGCAUCACCGACAUGUUGAAGACCCAGGACAAGACCCGUCUCGUCGGCCCCAACUGCCCUGGUAUCAUUGCUCCGGGUCAAUGCAAGAUCGGUAUCAUGCCCGGUUUCAUCCACAAGCGCGGUCGUGUCGGUAUUGUCUCUCGUUCCGGAACCCUCACCUACGAGGCCGUCAACCAGACCACCCAGGCUGGUCUCGGUCAGUCUCUCGUCGUCGGUAUCGGUGGUGACCCCUUCUCUGGUACCAACUUCAUCGACUGCUUGAAGGUCUUCCUCGAGGACGAGGAGACUGACGGUAUCAUCAUGAUUGGUGAGAUUGGUGGUUCCGCCGAGGAGGACGCUGCCGACUUCCUCAAGUCCUACAACAAGAAGAACAAGCCCGCCGUCAGCUUCAUUGCUGGUAUCUCUGCUCCCCCGGGACGUCGUAUGGGUCACGCAGGUGCCAUUGUUAGCGGUGGCAAGGGUGACGCCAACUCCAAGAUCACUGCUCUCGAGGCUGCCGGUGUCGUUGUCGAGCGCAGCCCCGCCGCUCUCGGCAAGGCCCUCCACGCCGAGUUUGUCAAGCGUGACUUGAUCUAAAUGGACAUGUAAUUACCCCCUUAUAUGUGUUGUUAUUUUAUUCUUUUUUUGGGAAGCAGGACAGACGAGCGGAAGGAACUGGUAGAUAUAAAGGGUGGAAGUGAUUUGAAGUAGUGGCGGAGGAAGUACAAAGUACCUUGUCCUUUGCCAUGGGGGUCGUGUCUCUGGGGAUCAUAUCGCUGAGAAAGAAGGGGGAAACAGCAUGUUCCCCCCUUUUGUUUCAUUCUCCUUCUUCCUCUUCUUCGUUCUAUUAUUUGUCAAGUGUACAGCUAGGCAUGCAUGAAAUAUUUUUUUGAUACGCUCAUGUUCAUAUUCCAGUAUUGGAUUGACGUGCAAUC